AUGACCACAAAGGACGAGACUGGAGCCGCGCCCAGCCGCACAGAGCAGGCGAAGCAGCUGUUGGCACAGUACGGCAGCGCCUAUCUUGUGACCUCGAUAUCCUUUGCAGUCGUGUCCUUCGCGGCCUGCUAUGCAGCUGUCUCCGCAGGCGUUGACGUUGCCGCGCUGCUGGGGCGCGUCGGGCUCGGCGUCAGCGACACUAGCGAGCGCGUCGGCACCUUUGCCAUCGCUUAUGCCGCCCACAAGGCACUGUCGCCGGUGCGCUUCCCUCCCACCGUGGCGCUGACGCCGGUGGUGGCCAAGUGGUUAGGAAAGAAGGCCGGCGCACAGGCGGGCGACAGCAGCAGCAGCAGCGGCAGCAGCGACGGCGCGAAUGGGAACGGGUCAACUUGA